UCGGUCUUUCUCUCUCUCUCUAUCCAUCCAUCUCUGCUUUUCCCUUUCAGCUGGAGGAGAUCUUGGGAGGAAAGAUAUAUAGUCCAGUGUCUUCUCUGUAGAGAGCAAAAGGGAAAGGAGCUCGCAGCAGGUACUUAAGCACUGACAUGAGUGAUCUCAUGGUCCAGAGAUACCCUCCUCCUCCCCCUUCUUCCUCUUCUUCUUGUUCCUCUUUCCUCUCUCCUCCCGCCUCUCUCUAGAGAGAGAGGGAGAAAUUUCUUAUAUGCAAGCUGUAGGCACGUGUGCAUGCAGGCAGAGCUGCAUCGAUUCUUGAGGUCAAAGCCACAACAAGCUCCACGGAAGAAAGAGGGAGAGAGAGAGGGAGAGGGAUUUAUUUCAAGGAGAAUUUCAGUUAGUGCACAAGUGCACAUACGGACAUAGCCAAGAUUUUGCCAUCGACCGGUCUACAUAGGUGCCGGCGAUCACGAUGGCAGCGUACUACCACGGCGGCGCCGGCACGGACAUCCAUCAGGCCGGCAGCGACGGCCUGCAAACACUGUACCUCAUGAACCCAAGCUACGGCAACGGCAGCUACGGGGACGCCGGGCCCUCCGGGGCCAACAUGAUGCUCCUCAACUCGGCGGUGAGCUCCAUGACCCCGGCGUCCUUCGGCGGCCACCAGGCGUCGCCACCGCCGGGGCAGCACUUCGUCGGCAUCCCUCUCCAGGCGCCCCCCUCGGGCUACAACCUGUGGACCCCUGCCACAACCGGCAUCGCCGACGUCAUGUCGCCGCCGACGCAGCAGGCUCAUGGCGUGAGUGCCGUGCUCAGCCUGUCGUCCCGCGAGACGCCGCCGGUCACGGUGGCGUCCAUCGCCGGCGACGAAGGGAGGUACCACCUUGGGGCGACGACCGCGGCGUCGCAGGGGCAGGUGGUGAUGAACUCCAAAUACCUCAGGGCGGCGCAGGAGCUGCUCGACGAGGUGGUGAGCGUGAGCAAGGGCGUGGACGACGUGGACGCCAAGGCGAAGAGCGCUGUGUCGGUCAAGAAGAAGGAGGAUUCGGAAGGCCUUUCCGGCGGCGGCGGGGAGGAAGGCGCCAGCGGGGCCAAGGGUGGCGCGCCAGCGCCCGAGAUGUCGACGGCGGAGCGGCAGGAGCUGCAGAUGAAGAAAGGCAAACUGGUUAACAUGCUUGACGAGGUGGAGCAGCGGUACCGGCAGUACCACCAGCAGAUGGCGUCGGUGUCGUCGUCGUUCGAGGCGGUGGCCGGCGCCGGGUCGGCGCGGACGUACACGGCGCUGGCGCUGCGCACCAUCUCGCGGCAGUUCCGCUGCCUCCGCGACGCCAUCGCCUCCCAGGUGCGCGCCGCCAGCCGCGCCCUGGGCGAGGACUGCGACGCCGAGGGGCUCGGCGGCGGACUCGGCGGAGGGCGCGGCGUCGGUUCGCGGCUCCGGUACAUCGACCACCAGCUCCGGCAGCAGCGCGCGCUGCAGCAGUUGGGCAUGAUGCAGAGCAGCGCGUGGCGCCCGCAGCGGGGCCUCCCCGAGCGCUCCGUCUCCAUCCUCCGUGCAUGGCUCUUCGAGCACUUCCUCCACCCAUACCCCAAGGAUUCGGACAAGAUCAUGCUCGCCAAGCAGACCGGCCUCACCAGGAGCCAGGUGUCGAACUGGUUCAUCAACGCGAGGGUGAGGCUGUGGAAGCCGAUGGUGGAGGAGAUGUACCUGGAGGAGACCAAGGAGCAUCAGCAGCAGCAGGACGGCGGCGACGACAAGGGGAGGCCGACCGGGUCCGGCCCCGCCGGAGGAAAGAGCAGCAGCAACGCGGACGGCGUGGACGACGGCACUCCGAGGUCCAUGGCCAGAGCGGCGGUGGGGGCCGGGACGUCGGAGGGCGGCGGCGCCGUCCAGGCGUCCUUGCUCGAGCUCGCCGGAGACCACCAGGCGCACGCGGGGUUCUACGACGAGGAGGGUGAGGAUGGCGGGUUGCGGCGCGGCUUCAAGAAGGCGAGGGCGGCCGACCUCGAGCAGCAACCGCCAGCGGCGUUCGACUUCGGCGCGUUGCACCACGCGCAGGCAGCCGCGGCGGCCGCGGCCGCCGCAGCGAGGCAGCAGCACGACGAGGUGACCCACCGGGAGCUGCUCAUGAAGUUCAUGGAGAGCGGCGGCGCGGCGGGCGCGAGGGACCACCACCACCACCAACAGGACGAGGACGGGGCCGGCGGCGGGUACUCUCUGUUCGCGCCGGGGCCGUACGGGCAGUUCGGCACCGACCAGUCGUUCGCGUUCGCCGGGGCCGGGCAGCACGGCGGCGUCUCGCUCACGCUCGGCCUCCCCCACGGCGCCGGCGACCAGACGGCGUUCCUCAUGGGAGGCGGCAGCAGCAACGGCGCCGACAGCGGUGGCAGCGGCGCCGCCGGCUACGACAUGAACAUGCAGACCACCAAGUCCUUCGCGGCUCAGCUCAUGAGAGACUUCGUGGCAUAGUAUGAAUAUCACCACUAUUACAUAGCGCAAUCCAUUAAUCAAAUCCCAAAAAAAAAAUCGGUUAAUCAAUCAAUUUAGGGCUUGUAUAGAAAAUAAAAGGGUAAAAGCCUAGGCUGCCAUUAAUCCUAAACCUCUAGGGCAUUGGGGGUGUAAUUAUGUAAAGAUGGGGACAUUGUAUAUAGUUACUAUAGGUUAGCUAAGGUAGUUAAAACCCAAACAUUUCCGGUUACAAGAUUGUAUAGGGCAAUAGGGGGAUGGGGGGUAUACGAUACGUGAAGGGGUAUAUAUGUAAAACAUUGGAAUUGGGGAACUUGGAAGUGUAUGCGGUAUAGUUGGUUUAUUGGAGAUUUGAGUAUUGUUUUUGGUUA